AUGGCCCUCGAGCUGAGACUCCAAGGCUGCUGCGGGCUGAGGGCCCGGGAGCCGGGCCGGUGCGUGCGCUGGGGGCCCUUCCUGCAGGCCCCUCCACACCGCGUGGCCAGACGCCGCGUGGCCUCCUUCCGCCUCGAGCUGCGCGAGGAGCGCCCAGAGCUGCCCCCGCAGGCCCACAGCCUGGGCGCGGACGGUGCCUGCAAGCCCUGUAGUGACACCAAGUUCCUCCUGUCCUUGUGCACUAGCGACUUUGGGAGAGUCCCUGCCAUGCCGGUUGGGGGAGGAGGGGAAGCCUGGGGCUUCCUCUGCCCUAUAUGCCAGCCACUGGCCAAUGUGUCUCCCUGUGGUGAACCAUGGGACCAUCCACAGAAUUGCCCACAGCACAGAGCUGCAGGAGCCUGUUAUCACUGUGGCACUUCCCCGUGUCCUCUGCCAGAAACUGCCCCUGUUCUAGGUGGGGGCUUUGGGGGCCGGAUACAGGCCUCCAUUCGCACCCUGCUGCACUGUGGUAUCCGCCCUGACCCUGGCACUUUCCUCUUCAUGGGCUGGAGCCAUUUUGGUGAGGCCUGGCUUGGCUGUGUACCCCGCUUCUAGGAAUUCAGCCAUGCCUAUGCCGCUGCCCAUGCCAACCACCUCUACCCCUGCGAGCUGGCGCCGGACUGAGGGGUCUAGGAGUGGGGCUAUGGAGACAG